AUGCCAUUUCUCCCCCAGGACGCCGAGCGCUUCGAUGGGCUGUCUCUGCUCUACUGGACCAUCAUGGGCCCCCACGGCAUCAACCGGGCCGUCCAGAGGCUCGAGUUCUGCGACUGCAAGAAGGGACUGGGUGUGAAGGUGAUCGGAGGCUACAGGGAGCUGACCGGGGAGGAGUUCGGCAUCUACAUCAAGCGGGUCAUCGCCGGCGGGCUGGCGGCGCUGGACGGCCGGCUUAAGUCAGGUGACCUGAUUCUGGACGUCAACAACAUCAGUCUGAUCGGGGUGACCAACGACAGGGCGGUGGAGAUCCUGAGGACGGCGUCGCUCUCCAAUCACAUGUCGCUGCUGGUCGCCAGAGACGACGAGUCCAGGAGGGAGUUCGCUGAGCUGAUGGAGAAGUACGGCUCCAACAACGUCAGCGCUUCAGGACGGAUCUCACCGACGCAGCUCUCCACAGGGAAGCUGACGGACACGGCUUCGUCCUCCUCGUCCUCCCGCUCCGAGAGCCCCCAGCUGCUGAGCCCAAAAGAGGGCGUCACCGCCUACAGCCAGGCCUCCACCUACACCGCCAACCACCAGUACGCCGUUGACAGCGUCAUUCAGCUGAUCUGCGUUGCCAAGGGAACAGGCCUGGGGCUUGUCAUCAAGGGAGGAGCCAACCGUGCCGAAGGACCAAUGGUGUUCAUUCAGGAAAUAGUGCCUGGAGGAGACUGCCAGAAGGACGGCAGGCUGCAGGUCGGCGACCAGCUGGUCUCCAUCAACAAGGAGUCUCUGAUCGGAGUGACGUACGAGGAGGCCAGAAGCAUCCUGACCAGAACCAAACUCAGACCCGACCCCACGGUGGAGAUCGCCUUCAUCAGGAGGAGGUCUUCCUCCAGCUCCAGCAGCGGACCACACAGUCCCAUCUCCCUGCAGGGCUCCGGGGGAGGAGGAGGACCCCAGGCCAGAGCUCCAGGCCUGGGCACCACCGCCACCGGACCUCCACAGCCCACCGUGGUCACCAAGAUCACCUCCAGCAGGAACCCAGCCAGCGAGACCCUGCCCACAGUCAACGUCACCCAGGUCCGAGUGUCUCCAGGUAGAACAGAACCGACUCAUGUUUCUCCAGCAGCAGAGAGUCACAGCAGCGCCGAGAACAACACCGAUGGCAGCAGCGUUCAGCCCCCUCAGAGGAAACCGUCCCUUCGCCUGCGACUGGAGCGGCUGGAGCAGGCUCUGGAUGCGAUCGGACUGAAACCCGCCGAGGCUCAGCGGCAGGCGCUGCGGUCCAGACUACGAGCCGACCCGGCCGGAACCGUCGCCUUCACAGACUUUGAGAACCUGACCAGAGAACUGUUCAAGCCUCAGCUGGAGGAGCUGUCCGUCAGCCAGCCCGGCUCCAGGUUCACCUCCGACGAGCUGCUGGUGCUGCUGGAGUCACCGUCCAACCCGCUGCCGUCCCUGUCGGACUCGGAGGACCUGGAGGAGAUGGAGAGGCUGAGGAAGGAGCACAUCGAGGCUCUGAGGGAGAUCAAGAGGCUGCAGGAGCAGCUGGUGGAGUCUCAGCGAGUUCACCAUCAGAUGGAGGAGGAGCUGAGCAAAGUCAAACAGGAGGCGAAGGUGGGAGCCGAGGAGAGCCGGGCCCUCCGGACUCGGAUCCAGGUGGCCGAGGAGGCCCAGAAACAGGCCCGGGGGAUGGAGAUGGACUACGAGGAGGUGAUCCACCUGCUGGAGGCCGAGAUCGCAGAGCUCAAGACCCAGAGGGUGGAGCAGCCGGCGCCGGCCAAUAAGGCGNUCUUUUUCUGCUCUGGAGACGUUAAAGUCGGUCCGUCCUCUCAGAGCGCCGCUUCUCGCCACAAGAAGAGUCCGUGGACGGCGGCCACGCUGGCUCAGGAGGCCAAGGACCUGACCCGCACGGUUCGGGCGGUUCUGGAGUUCGACUGUCUUCCUUACGGCUGGGAGGAGGCCUACACCGCCGCCGGAGUCAGAUACUACAUCAAUCACGUGACCCAGACGACGUCGUGGAGUCUGCCGGAGACGAGCCUCCUGGUUCCGUCGCCGCCGCCGGAGGCCUCGGAGCCGGACGGAGAACGGGACGGCGAACAGGACCGCAGAACCAACCCGUCCAUCGAGACCGAGAUGUAG